UUCAAAUUUAUUAUGGCGAAAUAAAUACCAAACGAACAGGUAGCUAACAGUUGCUUGUUGGGAGCCAUGUUUAUCGUUGGCUUAACAGGUGGGAUAGCGACUGGUAAAAGCACAGUUUCAAGCCUACUUAAAGAUCUAGGAUGUCCGGUCGUGGAUGCAGACCACAUUGCUCGGGAAGUUGUUGAGCCUCACAGGCCAGCAUGGAAGGCUAUAGUAAAGAACUUUGGAAGUGAUAUUUUACUUUCCAAUGAGGAGAUUGACAGGGAGAAACUUGGAAAAAUCAUUUUUGGAGACGAUGCCAAAAGACGUAUUCUGAACAAGUGCACUCAUCCUGCUAUUUAUCAUUCAAUUUUAUGGACCUUGUUGAGGAAUUUUUUUUCAGGGGAAAAGUUUGUAAUACUUGACCUGCCACUUAUGUUUGAGACUGGGAUUGCCUUGUAUCUGAUGAAAGAAGUUGUUGUAGUUUACUGUGACAAAGACACUCAACUGAAGCGUUUGAUGGAAAGAAAUAACUUCACACAAAAUGAUGCUGAACAGAGAAUAAAUGCUCAGAUAUCACUGGAUGAAAAAUGUCGUAGAGCAUCUUAUAUCAUUGACAAUUCUUCCAACAGGGAGAAUACUGAGACACAAGUGAAAAGACUCUAUGAAAAAUUGAACAAAUCGUAUGCAUAUCUACCUGUCCGUGGAUUUGCUUUUUUACUACUUGGUUUGAUCCUGUAUUUUUUCAGUUUUUUAGUUAGUAAGAUACUGGUUGGCUGAUAAAAAUUAUUUUCAGACAAAGGUGCUCCUCAUCAUCUAGACAAUGUUAUCAGUCAGACUAGAUGUUCCUCGUUUUCUGAAUUAGAAGGAUUUUAGACAAGUUUGGUUGCUAUUUAACCAGCUUGUGUAUUCAUUUGGUAGAAGUAUCGUUAGAUAUAAUGACAUAAAAUUUGUUUCUGGAAACAGUGAUCCCAUGGUUUCUCUUUUUCCCAAAGUUAUGAUUUCUAAAGGGAAAGAUUAUUUUGUCCUACUAUGUAUUGUUCAUGGCUGCCCAGGUCUCACAGAGUUUCUUACUCGUCUUGCUUCAAGGUUCUUUCAAUGUUUUUGUAUAGAACAUUAUAGACCAGUUUCUGGUUCCCUGUUCCAAAAUAACAAUUCCUGGAUUUCCUUUCUCUAUUUUUUAUUUCUGGACUUCAACUUUCCGUAUACGAUCUAUCAGAUCUCUCUGCCUUGUGCAGAUUAAAAGUCAAUCAGAAUUACAACCA